AUGGUGGACAGUGUCGUCCGUGGCUUCGCUGACCUCAUCAGCCGUUCCAACGUGAAGUACGACAAGUUUCACAACAUCCAGCAGGUGUUCUGCAAGACCGACCUCGAGGCUCAAGGCAUUCAUGAAGUUCGAUGGCUGUCACGCGGAGAAGCAGUUAGACGCCUCCUUGAAAUCCUACCUGCGGUCAUUGUGGUGCUGAAGGAGUACAACGCCGAUCUGUACGAGGUUGCCACUUCAUUCAAAUUCCACUGGAUGCUUCGCCUGCUUGCUGAUGUGCUUUGGGAGCUGAAUUUCCUGAAUCAGCGGUUCCAGCAAAGGCAGAUCGACAUCACUCUGGUGGCGCACCUGGUGCAGCAGACACGAUGGCGCCUGAAGAACCGUUAUUUGAACGGUUCCCCAUCUCAGCACUUCGGCAACGGGGAAAAGAUGACCCUCAACGACUUCAUUCAGCGCCACCAGAAGAUGGACAAGCGGGAGGUGAAGGCUGAGGGCGUAGACAGUGAUGGCAACCCCGUGACCUUCGAGUACGAGCUGCACGAGACGGCCGGUAACGUUGAGGCGUGCUAUGAGCUGUCGUUGAAGUUCGUGCGUGAAAUCGAUAAGGAGCUGGAGUGGCGCAUGAGGGACUUGGCGCAUCUGGAGGGGUCGAAGCUGUUUCGCUCAGCAUCGGCAUCCCUCUAUAUUCACCCUACCGUCAGCGCGUCAACUCGCAAACGUCCAGCGCGCGCACUAUUCUGGUCGACAAGCAGCGUGGAGAGGGCGCUGGAACGAGGCACCACCACGCUAGGACAGGUACACGUGCUCCACGCCCUUGCACUCUGCGCUCUGCCCCCUCCGCCCCCUGCGCUCUGCGCUUUGCCCCCUCCGCCCCCUGCGCUUUGCCCCCUGCACUCUGCGCUAUGCGCCCUGCGAUCUGCGCCCUAUUCUCUGCGCCCCAUGCACUGCGCCCCAUGCUCUGCGCCCUAUGCUCUGCGCCCUAUGCUCUGCGCCCUAUGCUCUGCGCCCUAUGCUCUGCGCCCUAUGCUCUGCGCCCUAUGCUCUGCGCCCUAUGCUCUGCGCCCUAUGCUCUGCGCCCUAUGCUCUGCGCCCUAUGCUCUGCGCCCUAUGCUCUGCGCCCUAUGCUCUGCGCCCUAUGCUCUGCGCCCUAUGCUCUGCGCCCUAUGCUCUGCGCCCUAUGCUCUGCGCCCUAUGCUCUGCGCCCUAUGCUCUGCGCCCUAUGCUCUGCGCCCUAUGCUCUGCGCCCUAUGCUCUGCGCCCUAUGCUCUGCGCCCUAUGCUCUGCGCCCUAUGCUCUGCGCCCUAUGCUCUGCGCCCUAUGCUCUGCGCCCUAUGCUCUGCGCCCUAUGCUCUGCGCCCUAUGCUCUGCGCCCUAUGCUCUGCGCCCUAUGCUCUGCGCCCUAUGCUCUGCGCCCUAUGCUCUGCGCCCUAUGCUCUGCGCCCUAUGCUCUGCGCCCUAUGCUCUGCGCCCUAUGCUCUGCGCCCUAUGCUCUGCGCCCUAUGCUCUGCGCCCUAUGCUCUGCGCCCUAUGCUCUGCGCCCUAUGCUCUGCGCCCUAUGCUCUGCGCCCUAUGCUCUGCGCCCUAUGCUCUGCGCCCUAUGCUCUGCGCCCUAUGCUCUGCGCCCUAUGCUCUGCGCCCUAUGCUCUGCGCCCUAUGCUCUGCGCCCUAUGCUCUGCGCCCUAUGCUCUGCGCCCUAUGCUCUGCGCCCUAUGCUCUGCGCCCUAUGCUCUGCGCCCUAUGCUCUGCGCCCUAUGCUCUGCGCCCUAUGCUCUGCGCCCUAUGCUCUGCGCCCUAUGCUCUGCGCCCUAUGCUCUGCGCCCUAUGCUCUGCGCCCUAUGCUCUGCGCCCUAUGCUCUGCGCCCUAUGCUCUGCGCCCUAUGCUCUGCGCCCUAUGCUCUGCGCCCUAUGCUCUGCGCCCUAUGCUCUGCGCCCUAUGCUCUGCGCCCUAUGCUUCUGCGCCCUAUGCUCUGCGCCCUAUGCUCUGCGCCCUAUGCUCUGCGCCCUAUGCUCUGCGCCCUAUGCUCUGCGCCCCUAUGCUCUGGCGCCCUAUGCUCUGCGCCCUAUGCUCUGCGCCCUAUGCUCUGCGCCCUAUGCUCUGCGCCCUAUGCUCUGCGCCCUAUGCUCUGCGCCCUAUGCUCUAGCGCCCUAUGCUCUGCGCCCUAUGCUCUGCGCCCUAUGCUCUGCGCCCUAUGCUCUGCGCCCUAUGCUCUGCGCCCUAUGCUCUGCGCCCUAUGCUCUGCGCCCUAUGCUCUGCGCCCUAUGCUCUGCGCCCUAUGCUCUGCGCCCUAUGCUCUGCGCCCUAUGCUCUGCGCCCUAUGCUCUGCGCCCUAUGCUCUGCGCCCUAUGCUUCUGCGCCCUAUGCUCUGCGCCCUAUGCUCUGCGCCCUAUGCUCUGCGCCCUAUGCUCUGCGCCCUAUGGCUCUGCGCCCUAUGCUCUGCGCCCUAUGCUCUGCGCCCUAUGCUCUGCGCCCUAUGCUCUGCGCCCUAUGCUCUGCGCCCUAUGCUCUGCGCCCUAUGCUCUGCGCCCUAUGCCUCUGCGCCCUAUGCUCUGCGCCCUAUGCUCUGCGCCCUAUGCUCUGCGCCCUAUGCUCUGCGCCCUAUGCUCUGCGCCCUAUGCUCUGCGCCCUAUGCUCUGCGCCCUAUGAUCUGCGCCCCUAUGCUCUGCGCCCUAUGCUCUGCGCCCUAUGCUCUGCGCCCUAUGCUCUGCGCCCUAUGCUCUGCGCCCUAUGUCCUGCGCCCUAUUGCCUCUGCGCCCUAUGCUCUGCGCCUAUGCUCUGCGCCCUAUGCUCUGCGCCCUAAUGCUCUGCGCCCUAUGCUCUGCGCCUAUGCUCUGCGCCCUAUGCUCUGCGCCCUAUGCUUCUGCGCCCUAUGCUCUGCGCCCUAUGCUCUUGCGCCCUAUGCUCUGCGGCCCUAUGCUCUGCGCCCUAUGCUCUGCGCCCUAUGCUCUGCGCCUAUGCUCUGCGCCCUAUGCUCUGCGCCCUAUGCUCUGCCCCUAUGGCUCUGCGCCCUAUGCUCUGCGCCCUAG